AUGUCUAAUAAUAAUUCAUCCUCAAUGCAUUCUAUUGCAAGUUCAUCACGAAGAACUGAAAUCCCUCGAAAUAUUUCCGUGGUGAAUAACCCUCAAGGAAUGCGCAUCAAAUUCGUCCUGGUUUUGUUCCUAAUCCAUGGAGCUCGCGCAUUCACCAGCAAGACUGGCAAAGACCUGAAAGAGGAAAUUCUUCCAUAUAUCAUUGGGAGUGGAAUCUCCGAUCGACUACUUCAGCACCUAAUUUAUCAACUCCAGCUGCAGCUCCAAAUCAUGGAAAUGAAACCUGGAAUCAGCAACGAGGAAAUAGCCAAGGGAUAG